AUGAAGUUCACUGGAAUUGCUGCUUCUCUCGCCCUCGCUGGCGCUGUCUCUGCUGCCGCUAUCCCUCGCGACAGCACUGUCUCCACCACUGUUGACGGUCUCGUCAACCAGGUCAACGGCCUUCUCAACAAGAUUGAGCCUGCCGUCUCCGGAGCCGCCCAGGAUGUUGACGGCAGCCUCGACCUCGCCUCCCUGAAGUCCGAGCUUACCUCGAUUCAGUCCCAGCUUGGCGGUCUCCAGGGUCUUCUGCCCAACCUCCCCGUCCUCUCCGGCCUCGGCCUGAAGCGUGACGCCGUCUCUAGCGCUGUCGGCGCUGUCGAGGGUGCUGCUGCCCCAGUUGUCGGUACUGUCGAGGGUGCUGCUGCCCCAGUUGUCGGCACUGCCGAGGGCGUCGCCAACCCUCUCCUCAAGGACUUGACCUCUGCUGCCAAGCGUGACAUCGUCUCUAGCACCGUCGGCACUGUUACCGGCCUCCUCGGAAACCCCCUCAGCACCGUUGAUAACCUCACCCCCCUUGCCAACAACCUCUGCAGCAACAUUGAGAGCAAGGUCCCAUUGCAGCAGACCAUCCACGAGCUCACUGCCCUCACCCAGGGUGUUGCCACCUACGUCGAGCUUCCUCUUGCCCUUGUCCAGCUGUAA